AUGCUGCUGAAACCCAUCAUCGGCUCGUUGUUAUUGGCUGUCUGUACAUCGACUGCCAGCAUUCCCAGCCCAGUCGAGGUCAUUCGACGUGCCCAUACCACUGGGACUGUGAUUACGAAAUGUGCCAUUCCUGGAGUCUUGGCAUUGGCUUUCGAUGAUGGCCCAUAUACCUACACCCAGAAGCUGGUCGACACGUUGAACGCUGCUGGCGCCAAGGGCACCUUCUUCUUCACUGGCACUCUCUAUGGCUGCAUCUAUAACCAAAAGACCGCCGUCAAGAAUGCCUACGACUCUGGCCACCAGAUAUCUUCCCACACUUGGACGCACACCAGCCUUGGCAAUCUAGGCGCCUCGCAAAUUCAAACGGAAAUGACCCGAGUCGAGCAAGCCUUCGUCAAUAUCUUCGGCAGGAAACCCGCUUACAUGCGCCCGCCCAACUUGUCCACAAGUGCCAACAUGCUCUCGGUCCUGAAGCAGAUGAACUACGUCGUCAUCACCGACGACAUCGAUGCCGGCGAUUGGAACCACGAAUCGGCGCAGUCCAGCGAGCAGAAGUUCCAGAAUGCGGGUGCGAGCGGUAACGGGCAUAUUCCGUUGAUGCACGAGACUUACGAUUCGACGGUGAAUACUUUGGUGCCAUGGUUGAUCAACUGGGCUAAGACUAACAAUCUCAAGAUUGUGACUGUUGCUGAGUGUUUGGAUGAUGUGGAUGGCAUGUAUCAACCAGGUAAUUUUACUGUGAAUGGCCAAUCGACUUGCUAG